AUGUCUUAUAAUACUCGGAGUAAAUCAAAAUCCGACAGGCUGUCAAACAGUGGUAAUGUGGUUGAUGAGGGUGGUGUGGCUGAGGUAGUCACAGUAGAUGAAACGAAGAGCUACAUGUCCGGUGAUGGUGGUAACCAGGGACAUUCUUGUCAGGAAUGUUACAAUCCUGAUGCUGCGGGUUUAAUACAAUGUGGUGAGUGCGGAAAAAAGAGCCACAGUGCGUGCGUAGAGUUUCCUCCAGAGGCGGAUAAUCAAGGCUGGGCUUGUCGAAGUUGCCAAUCUGAUAAGCAAGACCAACCUCAUAACCGACUCAGAGGACUGGUCAGCUUGGAGGUUAAAAGCAUUGAAAAUCGGAUGCAGAACUCUAAUCAACAGAAGCAGCGCAUUCCGAAGGUGUUGAUGCAGUUAGAGGAGAAACGUGCUCAUGAAGAGGCGGAAGCUAAGAAGUUUGCAGAAUACCUUAAGGAGAAGUACGAAAUCCUGAAUCAAAUGUCAAGUACGAGCAGCUCUAAACACAGCGAUUCCAGCUGUCGUGUGAGGCAAUGGAUCGAAGACGUCAACGGUUUAGGGACUGGUGGAAUUCCGGCUGGAAAUGUUAGGGAAUCUUUCAAUCCUAAAGGAAAUUCCACUGUGAACCCUGAAUCAGCAAACAGGAACAACCGUGAACCAGUGGUGAGAGGUGAAAAUCCGGUCGAUCAGUAUUUCGACCCAAAGGACCAUCCUGCUUCAAACGCUGGCGGAAGGCAACCGCCUACGAGACAACCCAAUUUGCGGAACAGUAUGCCACUGUACGGGGCCAGAAGCUCGUAUAGCGCUCCGCCCAAACCCUUUGUAAAUUCCGUUGUUCCUGGAAAUUAUCUAUUCAGACCAGUUCGAAACUCUACAGCCCCGAGCGUUCCUCAUCAACAGCCGUUCGGAAACCAGUCGUCAUCGUCGGUUAACCGGCAGCAGUAUACAUGGUACAGUUCUCCGCCAACGCAAAGUCAGCUUGCCUCCCGACAAGCCGUGUCCAAGGACCUCCCUCCGUUUUCCGGAAAUCCCGAAGAUUGGCCGAUCUUCGUUUCCACUUUCGAAAGCACCACCGCUAUGUGUGGCUUUUCCGACGAAGAAAACAUGAUACGCUUGCAAAAGUGCCUAAAGGGUAAAGCAUACGAGGCUGUUAAAAGCUGCUUGAUGCAUCCGGUUAACGUUGCUAGUGUCAUGAACACCUUGAGGGUGCUGUAUGGUCAACCUGAAGCAAUAGUUCACUCUCUGAUCGUGAAAAUUAAUGCCAUUCCAAUGAUCAGGGAGGAUAAGCUAGAGACACUGGUCGACCUUGCCGUUAAAGAGCAGAACUUUUGUGCGACCGUGGAUGCCUGUGGUUUGGAGGAUUACAUGUACAACAUCUCUCUUCUCCACCAGUUAGUCAACAAGCUUCCGCCUACAUUAAAGUUGGAAUGGGCUCGAUACCGCUUAACCCUUCCGAAGAUCAACCUGGUCACCUUUGGUGAAUGGCUUUUCUCUCUCGCUGAGGCGGCCAGUAUCUUGACGAUUCCGUCCGUAUUCCCGCAAAGCAAUCCAGUGGGAUCCAACCAGUCGAAGAGGACCAGUUCAUUCUUGCACACUCACUGCGAGUCCACUCCGGAUCCGGCUCCUGAAAUUACACCGAAAAUUUCGAAGGACAAACAGUAUGGUGAAGGAUCUUCGAAGAAGUCAGCAUCAACCACGGAUAACUGCCCGGUUUGUAAUGGAAAGUGCAAGUCAGUACCGAAUUGCAAACGCUUCGUCCAAUUGUCUCGAGACGCUAAAUGGGCUGCUGUGAGGGAGUUCGCACUUUGCCGCCGUUGCCUAUCUCGCCACGAGGGAAAAUGUGACGCGAAACCUUGCGGGAAACACGGAUGUACGUUCUACCAUUAUGAACUGCUCCACAAUGACAACAAAAAGCAACAACCGACACUUUCACAAGCAGGACCGAGUACAGCUCACGGAUGUAACACACACCAGUCCGCCGCGAAUGCUGUCCUGUUCCGCUACCUUCCCGUAAUCUUGCACGGAAACGAUAAAACCGUCCGAACAUUCGCCUUCCUCGACGAAGGAUCAGCUUUAACCCUAAUGGACCAAGAUCUUGCAGACCAACUGGAGCUGGAAGGUCCCGUCAAUCCGCUGUGCCUUCGAUGGACAGGCGGAACUGAGCGCAACGAGAACAACUCCCGUGUAGUGGAUGUGAAACUAACUGGAGUUCAAAACCACGCUAAAAAAUACCAACUGAAUGGAGUCCGUACGGUGAAGGAGUUGAUGCUGCCGUUACAAUCCCUCAAUGUGGAAGAACUGGCUGAGAAAUACCCGCACUGUAGGAAUUUGCCGAUCGACUCCUACUCAAGUGUUCGUCCACGUAUCCUCAUCGGACUAAAGCACGCUCCAGUCAGCCUGGUACUGAAAAGUAAGGAAGGCAGCUUGGACCAACCUAUAGCCGUCAAAACAAGAUUAGGGUGGACAAUCUGCGAUGGAUGCGGUUCUGAUGAUGCUGCAAACUUCACCCACUAUGCGUUCCACGUGUGUGUAUGCAACCAUCAAUCCGACGAUGAGGUACACCAGAUGGUUAAGGAGUACUUUUCGAUGGACAGUCUCGGCAUCAUGAAGAUGACUAAAGAUCCACUGUCGACAGAUGACCAACGAGCAGUCUCGCUUCUUCGAUCUCUUACCAAAUUCAACGGCAACCGGUUCGAGACCGGCCUACUAUGGCGAUACGACGGUGCUCGUCUGCCGGACAGCAAGGAGAUGGCGCUACGACGGUUCUACGGCCUCGAGAAGCGCAUGCAGAAGAACCCGGAAUUAGCCAAUGCCCUGAAGCAGAAAAUAUCAGAAUACGUGGCCAAAGGAUACGCACGCAAGCUCACUAAGGAAGAGCUGGACAAACAUCAUCCCAGGGUAUGGUACCUACCGGUCUUCCCGGUCUUUAACCCGAACAAACCCGGCAAAAUCAGGCCAGUGUGGGAUGCAGCGGCGAAAGCCUUUGGUGUCUCCCUCAAUUCUGCACCCGUUGCGGGCCCCGAUCAGCUGUGUUCUUUGUUUGCGGUAUUACUGCAAUUCCGUGAAUACCGUGUCGGCGUUACUGGAGAUAUACGAGAGAUGUUCCAUCAGAUUCUCAUGCGGCAGGAAGAUCAACAAUGUCAACGUUUUUUCUGGAGGGACGAAACUGGUGAGAUCCAAGUUCACGUAUUAACCGUGAUGUCGUUCGGAGCAUGUUGUUCCCCGGCCAGUGCGCAGUAUGCUAAGAACAUUAAUGCCGAUCGAUUCGCCGGAGAGUUUCCGGAAGCAGCUGACGUGAUAAAGAAGCGCCAUUAUGUGGACGAUGCAAUGUUCAGCACCGAAACGCCUGAGCAAGUCAUUCGUCUGGCGCAGGAAGUUCGUGAAGUACACUCUGCUGGUGGCUUCGAAAUACGGAACUGGGUGAGCAACUCGCAACAAGUGCUGACAGCGAUGAACGAAGUCAGCGUGACCGACAAGAAUUUGGAUCUAUCCGUAUGUCCGAUGGCAACCGAGAAGGUGUUGGGAAUGUGGUGGCGUACCACCACCGAUGAGUUCGUCUACAAAAUUGGCUGGAGUCGCUUCAACCCGGAACUGCUGACCGGAGGCCUUCGACCCACAAAACGCCAAAUGCUCCAGAUCCUUAUGACUAUCUUCGACCCACUUGGACUGAUUUCCCACUUGCUCAUGUAUCUGAAAGUUCUGCUUCAAGAAGUAUGGCGAGCUGGCGUCCAAUGGGACGAACAAAUCAGCGGUUCCCUACAUGAAAAAUGGAGCAGAUGGCUAAAAGUGCUGCCUUAUGUGGAAACCGUCCGGAUCCCCCGUUGCCACCGGUCACUAGGGAUCCCUGCUGACUGUGAGAUCCAAAUGCACGCAUUCGUUGAUGCCAGUGAGAAUGGUAUGGCUGCUACGCUGUUCCUUCGCUUCGAGCAUAAUGGUGCCAUCUGCUGCUCAUUAGCCACGGCCAAAACAAAGGUGGCCCCUCUAAAGUUCCAAUCUAUACCGAGACUGGAGCUGCAGGCUGCUUUCAUCGGGGCCAGACUAGCACGGUCGGUCAUUGAGUCUCUUUCGACUACAGUUCAUCGCCAAUUCUACUGGACCGACUCCCGUGACGUCCUGAGCUGGAUAAACUCAGACCAUCGGCGAUACAGCACGUACGUAGCGUUUCGGGUCAGCGAAAUACUCGAUGUCACUGAAGCUGCAGACUGGCGCUGGGUGCAGAGCAAGCAAAAUGUAGCGGACGACGGAACCAAAUGGGAAUCGCAGCCUGACCUUUCACCAGAAGCGCGUUGGUUCAGAGGUCCAGAAUUCCUUUAUCAUAGCGAGACGGAAUGGCCUAAGACACCAUCAAAAUCCAAGCAAACAGACAACGAACUACGGUCUACAUUUAUGGCUCAUCACUUUUCGGGUAAACCCGUGAUCAACGUCACGAACUUUUCAAGCUGGAAGCGGCUCAAUAACGUGAUGGCCUAUGUCUACCGCUUCAGCGAAAACUACCGUCGUAGGAGAACCAAGAAACCUGCCAAAGGAGGUCCGUUAACAGAUGAACUGUGUUCAGCUGAAAGUUUUCUGUUCCGUCUAGCUCAACGAGAAGGAUAUGCUCACGAAAUCUCCUGUCUGUUCAGUAAUCGCAACGGUGCUUCAAAUAGGAUUCUUACCAGAGACAGUCCAAUCUAUAAGCUUUCGCCCUGGUUAGACGACCAGGGAGUAAUGCGGAUGCGCGGAAGAGUAUCAGCCUGUACAUUCGCCCCCGAAGAAGCAAAGAACCCUGUGAUUUUGCCAAAAGACCACCCUGUUGAUAAAGCACUACCACGAAAAGUAUCAUCACCAAAACCACGCCACUAUCGUAAACGAACUACAAAGAACUGCCAACGAUGCAAAAACGAGUUCUCAAAACCUCAACCUCCACUCAUGGCAAACCAUCCAGCGGAACGCCUUGCGGCGUACACACGGCCCUUCACGCACGUCGGCGUGGACUAUUUCGGUCCGAUGGAGGUCGUUAUUGGGCGGCGAACGGAAAAGCGAUGGGGAAUGAUUGUCACCUGUCUCACGACGCGAGCGAUUCACCUUGAAUUGGUUAACUCGCUAAGCACCAACUCGUGUAUUAUAACUCUACGAAAUUUCAUGAGUCGUCGCGGUACCCCAAGAACAAUUCGAAGCGAUAGGGGAACCAACUUCGUCUGCGCUAGCCGAGAGCUCCACAAACUCCAAGACAUCGUUGAUUACGACCAGGUCGUCAAGGAGUUCGUGACUUCGGAGACCAGCUGGAGCUUGAACCCACCUCUAGCUCCCCACAUGGGUGGCUGCUGGGAGCGGCUGAUCCGAAGCGUAAAGAAGAACCUAAUGGUCAUCUGUCCUUCCAAAAAGCCAUCUGAAGAAGUUCUACGGAGUGCACUUAUAGAGAUCGAAAGUACACUCAACUCCCGGCCGCUCACUCACGUGCCUGUUGAUAACGAAUCUACAGCCGCUCUCACACCUAACCACUUUCUGUUGGGGUCGUCCGAUGGCUCCAAACCAUUCACCUCGUUAAACGAUGACGGGGCCUUUCUCAAGCAGAGCUGGCGGACAUCCCAAGCGCUAGCCAACCGAUUCUGGAAACGCUGGUUGUCUGAAUACCUCCCGGAAAUCACCAAGCGGACGAAAUGGUUCGUCGAUGCGAAGCCGAUUGCUUUGGAUGACAUCGUGCUCAUCGAAGACCCCAACUUGCCCAGAAACUGUUGGCCAAAGGGUAGGGUCAUCGCAACACAUCCUAGCAAGGACGGACGAGUCCGGUCAGCUACGGUCGCAACUUCAAACAGCGUCUCAAUCGCCCGGUGA